UAACAUCAUCAGUGAAGCUCCUCCCACUGUGAUUCAUCAUCAGCGAAGCUCCUCCCAUUGCAAUUCAUCAUCAGUGAAGCUCCUCCCACUGCAACCCCAUCAUCAGUGAAGCUCCUCCCACUGUAAUUCUCCAAUAAAUGCUGUAAAUUCCCAUCAGCUACAAGUGAAGACGAGCAUCAGAGCAUCAGGAAGAGCUGAAAUCUGCCAAGACUGAGUUUAUUAAAGAGGACAGUGAGAACACGAGUGAUCCAGAACCCUGCAGAAUGAAACGCACUGAAGAUCCUGAAGAACAAAGAGACCCGAUGGAAGAGAGCGAGGAGAGAGAAGAACUGAGUGAAGUGGAGGAGGAGAGAGAAGAACUGAGUGAAGUGAAGGAGGAGAGAGAAGAACUGAGUGAAGUGGAGGAGGAGAGAGAAGAACUGAGUGAAGUGGAGGAGGAGAGUGAAGAACUGAGUGAAGUGGAGGAGGAACAUCAUGUCCAACCUGGAGGAAAACCCUUGAGUCGCUCAAAGACUAAAAAGACAUUUUUAAAGAAAAGAAGAGCCAAGAAAUCUUUCACCUGCACUCAGUGUGGAAACAGUUUAACAAGCAAACAAUGUCUUGAGCGUCACAUGAUGAUCCACACCGGAGAGAGGCCGUUCACAUGUGAUCAGUGCGGGAAGAGUUUCACAACCAAACGAAGUGUUGAUGUUCACAUGAGGAUCCACACCGGAGAGAAGCCGUUCACAUGUGAUCAAUGCGGGAAGAGUUUCAGGCAAUCAUCAGCCCUUAAUGUUCACAUGAUGAUCCACACCGGAGAGAAGCCGUUCUCAUGUGAUCAAUGCAGCAAAACAUUUAUCUGUGCAUCACACCUGAAGACACACCUGACAGUUCAUACAAAGGAGAAGCCACAUUCAUGUUCUGUGUGUGGAAAGAGUUUUUCACUGCUGCAAUCUUUACAUAAACAUGAGAAAAUAGUACAUAUUGGUGUAAGAGAGUACAUGUGCUUUGAGUGUGAGAAGACUUUCACUAAACCAAGCAAGUUAAAAGAGCACCAGAGAAUUCACACUGGAGAAAAACCUUACAAGUGUUCACACUGUGACAAGAGAUUCAGCCAGUCAGAACAUCUGAAAAGACAUGAGAGGAUCCACACUGGAGAAAAACCUCACAAGUGUUCACACUGCAACAAGAGAUUCAGUGUGUCAUCAUCUCUGAAAACACAUGAGAUGAUCCACACUGGAGAAAAACCUUACAAGUGUUCACACUGUGACAAGAGAUUCAGUCUGUCAGCAAAUCUGAAAAGACAUGAGAUGAUCCACACUGGAGAAAAACCUCACAAGUGUUCACACUGUGACAAGAGAUUCAGUGAGUUAUCAUCUCUGAAAACACAUGAGAGGAUCCACUCUGGAGAAAAACCUUACAAGUGUUCACACUGUGACAAGAGAUUCAGUGUGUCAUCAUAUCUGAUAAAACAUGAGAGGAUCCACACUGGAGAAAAACCUUACAAGUGUUCACACUGUGACAAGAGAUUCAGUGAGUUAUCAUCUCUUAAAACACAUGAGAGGAUCCACACUGGAGAAAAACCUUACAAGUGUUCACACUGUGACAAGAGAUUCAGUGUGUCAUCAUCUCUGAGAUCACAUGAGAGGAUCCACUCUGGAGAAAAACCUUACAAGUGUUCACACUGCGACAAGAGAUUCAGUGUGUCAUCAUCUCUGAGAUCACAUGAGAGGAUCCACAGCAGAGAGAAGCUGCACACGUGUGAUCAGUGUGGAAAGAGUUUCUCUUUUAAAAGUCACCUGAAGCUACACCUGAAGAUCCAUGCAGUGGAGAAACCACAUCACCACAGUCUGAGAUCACGACCUGAUGGACGUGAACAAGAAAGGAAAAACAGAAGGCAAUAAAUCUGUCUCCUGCCCUCAGUGUAAAAAACGCUUCACAUUUAAAUCAAGUGUGAAGAUUCACAUGAGCGUUCACACUGGGAAGAAGCGGCUCAGGCUUUCGCUCUGAAAUCACUUCUGCUUCUCAUUCUGAAGAAAGAGCAUUUAACUGUGAUCAG